UGCACCUCUCACUUCACUGACUGACUCUCACUCUCUCUCUCUCACUCAUGCUCCUUUUUUCAGGGAAUCUGAAGAACGUGCUCUAGGAGACGUCCACAUUCACUAAUGAAAACAAUAUGGAUGGCAGGCUUUCAGCUUUAAGUGCUGCGGCUCUGAUGCAAAAGAAGUUUGGAGGGAAAACAUUAGCGCGUGGCUUCCAGGAGAAGGAAUUGAAAGUUUUUUGGUGCUUUCUACCCAACGUUCUUAUGUUUGAAUGUGUUUUACAAAUUGGGUCAUUGAAACUAUAGUCCCCCCCCCCCUCUCUCUCUCUCUUAAAAAACAUCCCCAGAAAAAGGUUUAUAAUUGCCUAUAAAUGGCAAAAGCUGGCGGCAAAGCACUACUUUUGUUUAAAAGAAACUCCUCAAAACUCACUUUAGCAUUUCGUUCACAAGCUUUAUGCCUCAGAAUCCAUAAUCAUUUUGUUUCUUGGCUCGUGUUUUAUUACAUAUUUGGCUCGAUCUUACAUUUACGCAAUCGCCACAGAGACACACUGACAAUGACUUGUUUAUAGCUUUCUUUAAGACUUUGACUAUCUUCAUGAUCAAGUUCUUGCUUCUUCUUUUUUUGCCUGGAGCUAAAUGUAUUUCUUUAGAAAUGUCAGGCACCUUUAUCACUUUAUUUCCAUCUUGUGACAUAAGGAGAUAAUGUGCUUUCUUUCUAUCACGCACGCUCUCUGUCACUCCCCUUCCGUCCAGAUCCUGAUCCCGAAUGGGGGAUCCAGCCCCUUGUUUUCCCACAACACGCACGUUCAUUGACUCACUUUCACACACUGCUUGUGCGAAGAGUGGAACGAGGCGGCGCCUUCACUGCACUUGUACUGCGUUCAGCAUUGAGGAUCUGACAGCGACUUUGUGCGCCUUACAAUUGAGUCACACAAAGUGUGUAUUUCCCCCUCCAUUUGAGUUGCUCACUUUCAAAUGUGAUCUUCUUGAAAGCGUGACUGGCCGUCCACUGCGAGUUUUGAGACAUAAGGGAGGAACAAGAAAAGGCAAGCAACACAAAGUGAAAGCCCAUCGAGGAAUCGCACCAGCACACACAAAGAGGUGAUGACCUAUUUACUGGUGGUGCCAUGAAGGACCUUUCCUCUUGCUCCUGUCCUCUCAACUCCCUCUACCCGUCCUCCAAGACCUCAGCGGGACCUUUUUCUCCAUCCCCGGGCGCCGUCCCGUCGUCCCUGCCAUCGUCCCCCAAGCCGCAGCCUUUCUGCCUUCAGGCAGGGCCGCACCUCAUCGCCAGCAUGCAGCUGCAGAAGCUCAACUCGCACUACCAGAACCCGGCGGGCUCCUCAGCGGGACACCCGACGCCCGGUGCCGUCCAAAGGGGAUUUCGAGCCGGAAACCAGAUUCUGGGGCCCUCCGGGGGCCUCGGUGCAGCGGGGGUGGGUGCAGGGACGCAGGACGCCGGUCCGAGCGGAGCCAUGGACUUUGACCUCGUGGACGAGGAGGUCCUCACCGAGCUGGUGGUGGAGCUCGGACUGGACCGGGCCAAUGACUUGCCUGAACUCUGGCUGGGCCAAAACGAGUUUGACUUUGUGUCAGAUGUGGUGGCAGGCUGCUGAGUAACAAUCUUCAAGCUUCCUUUUGACACCAUUUAGACCUCUAUAAAAAUGGUCUCAUCAAACAAUUAUGUUUAUGAAAACAAGUCGUUUGGAAAGGGACAGACUUCUCUCCAAUUUCUCGCAGGUUUGUUUGUAAGUAGAUAAUGGACAGCAGCUAUUCCGGCCAAUUUAAGAGCACUCCUGUGCUGUUAGUUUGGGUAACAGACGAGGCAAUCAACUAGUCCCUCAAUAAUUAUGUAAUAUUUGCCUCACAGACACCUUUGUCUCAGCUCCGAUCACUUUACCUCGCGCAGCACAUCAAAACUAGCACGGUAGAAAACAAGACCACUUUCAAUUAUCACCUUAAGCUAUUUUCUGAAUGUCUUUACCUCGCUUAUAUGAUGAGAAUUAUAUGUCAUAUUAUGGUGAAAUCUCCUGUAGUUUUGGUAAAACCAAGGCUCCCAUUGGGUUAGCGGCUGUAGUAUUUGGUCGGAUGAGGAAGCCUGAAGGAGAAGAGACAAGGAGCCGUUGCGGUCUCCUAUUUCCUCCACAGUGGUGGCUUAAUGAGAAGAAGCUGAUGGACGGACACACAAAGACGCACCUGUUUCUGCUGUUCUCCUUGCAGCAACAUGAAAGUGGGAUGCCGGCCGGACUUUAUGAUGAGCCACAGUAUGCUUGCUCUUUUCUCAAUGAACAAUAUUGCACUGUGCUCUCACGGUGGGGAAAAAAAGCCUCCUCUUUUGCUCGCUUUCUUUCUCCGGCCUCACAAGGAAAGUAAUUGUCUGACAAGUGCUUAUCUCCAUGCACUCGCCUUUCUUUUCAUGUUGGAAUCGAGCGGGAGCAGAACGUUGAACAGCAGCCGAUGUCCGUCCGGAAUGGAAAGACAACGGGAGUCUGUGUGUGACUACCUUGGCGUGACGCGUCGUUAAUUGUCAGUAAGGUAGAUGCGCGCGAUUGGGUCACCAAAGUGGGUCAGCGGCUGUCUGGGUAUCCCUCUGUUUUGCUGUUGCUCUGUGUCACUGCAUUCAGCCCAUUGAGCCAUUGUUAUUAAAUCUAAUUCAUUGUCACCCUCGGAAGUCAGCCUGCUGCUUAUUUUUUUAGUUUAAUCUUUUUUUUUUUUUUUAAAUAAAAACGGUUGUGACUA